AUGGGCAAACUGACUGAGCUUAUACUUCUAACAGAAGUACCCUCACCAAACGUCAAGCUGGCGACUGCAGCAGGAAAGAAGGGCAAGAAGGCUGAGGAGGAGGAGCAGCAGCCUGCAGGACCAGUGCCAGAACCAGCACCCGCUGCAGGAGCGGAGGAGGAGGAAGAGGAGGAGGAGUAUGUGGUGGAAAAGGUUUUGGACCGCCGAGUGGUGAAGGGAAAGGUGGAGUUUCUGCUGAAAUGGAAAGGGUUCUCAGAUGAGGAUAACACCUGGGAGCCAGAGGAGAAUCUGGACUGCCCGGAUCUUAUUGCAGAGUACAUGCAGAAACACAAAGAGAAGGAGGAGAAAAAGAAGGAGGGCAAGAGGAAAGUCUCCACUGAGGCCACUGGAGACUCUGAGGAACGAGGGAGCAAAAGAAAGAAGGAGGAGGGUGAGAAGGCCAGAGGUUUUGGCAGAGGUCUGCAGCCAGAGAGGAUUAUUGGAGCAACGGACUCCAGUGGAGAGCUGAUGUUCCUUAUGAAGUGGAAGAACUCAGACGAGGCUGACCUUGUCCCCGCCAAGGAGGCCAAUGUCAAAUGUCCCCAAGUGGUUAUCUCUUUCUAUGAGGAGCGCCUCACCUGGCAUUCUUACCCCACAGAGGAGGAGGAGAAGAAAGAGGAGGAGAAAAAAGACUAGAUGAGCAGAGGUGCAAAAAAAAAAAAAAAACCAUGAAGAGAAAGGAAUCUUGGAAGCACAGGGCAGGAAAUCAACUAUACUGGUGAACUGUUGUCCGGAUAAUUGAGUCUAGCAGCUACUUUGGCAGAGAAAGUGGAGAAAAAUCCCUGAUCGUUGGGAUUGAACUGCCAAUGUAGCUGACAGGAACAGAGAGGUUUGUUUUCCUGCCCUUGAAGGAGAUGGGCGUCCUUUCCUCAAAAGAUGCUCCCACCUGUAUCUCGACUUAAAAAAAAUUAAGAGGUAUAUUGACAUCUGGUGUCUCUGUCAAGCUACCUCACGUCCAUGUGAGAAGCAAGCUGAAUGUUUGGCUGUGGCUGGCAUGUCUCUGCUCCCAGUCAGCCUUUAUUUAGAAUACCUGUUUUGAAAAUGUUUUGGCUGGUGAAAGCGACCCAAACCUCCCUUCUUGCUUUGUCUGGAUACAUUGGAGGGAACUUCUUUUGGAACGGAAUGAAGUGAAGCGAGAUAUUUUGGACACAUGUCUCUUUCAGUAUCUGUUCUCUUUGUGCCACCUGGGUUCUUCUCAUUAUCGCUGAUGUAACGCUGCUCCUCACUUGAAACUCUCAAAUGCCAAACGAUGACUGUGCAUUUCACUCUGACACGGACAGAUUGACGAAGAGGGGUUACAGCCUUACAUGUCCUACCAGCCAGUGUGGCAGCCAACCAGCCAGUGCUCAGUUGUCUGCUAAAACAACUUUUUUUCUUUUUGUUUUUAAAGAAAAGCUGUCAUCAGUCAUUCCACCCAUGGAUUAUGCUGCUGCCCAAAGCAUGUACUUUAUUUUUUUCGUCAAUUUUUUUAAAAAUUAAAACUAACAAACGAGUUUGUAUUUGAGCUACGAGUUAAGGUUUUUGUGCUGAUUUGGUUGCGGUUCUGAAGCAAACCUGUAGCUUUUCUGUGAAUGUAAAACUGUCCAUCUGCUGUAUUUCAUGUGGCUCAUUUGUUCAGUCAUUAAGGUAUACAUUAGGAAGUUACACUCUCCUAAUUUGUUUGAGAUAGUUUUGGUAUUUUCUUGAACACAUUUAGUUUCAAGCAAGUACUAUUAAUGCAUCACCCAUUUUCACUACUUGACUAAGACACAUUGUUUAAGCAGGAAGCCAAAUAAUCACCCGCCAGCGACACUAGAAGAACUGUAACUUAUGGAACUAGUGAACAGUAUCUAAGUGUAAGCUCACCAACUGGUGGCUGUAACUGGUUUGAUGGCUAAACCACUUGCCAGCUCCACUGUUUUAGAAAAGUACCUUUUAAUGGAGCUGAGGCUGGCUGGUUUCCUGCCAAAGUGGCUGGUAGUGUCCACACAGCAGCAAAAAUUAGUUUCUCUGCAGUCUGUACAUUUCCAUCCUGCUAAGAGUGACAGGUACAAUAGGCAAUUUCAGGUCAUUUUUACAAGUGGUAGUCCAGGAAAUCUUGCCCGUUUCGAAGAAGCAAAGAUAUCCUUUAAGCUAGAAGUGAGGAUCAUUCAGACAGAAACAUCAUACAACUCAUUCGAACAUUGCUUAGCAGAGAAUCUGCAGGUUUUCACUUCAGCCACACACAAGUUGAAGGUGUUUGAAGCCCUGAGCUCAGCUGCUUGAUGAUUAUUUGAAAUGAAAUUCUGCAGGCUCUUCAUCUUUCUGUGAAGUUUUUUUCACCCCAAUGUUAACUGACCAGAGCACUGCUGUCCAUUGAGUUAAUUUUUUAAUGCUUCUGUAAGUCAGAUACAGCAUUUUAUAAAAGCAAGCUAGAGUUAACUCCUUCUUGUUUAUUAACCUCAUUAUUUACAACAUCACAUUGCAAGAGUAGGUUAAACAGCCAUGCUUUAAAUGUUAAGCGGCUGUUUUUUUUGUUUUUUGUUUUUUUUUUGUUUGUUUUGUUUUUAAUCAGUGGCGGUCAAAAAUGUUUCCCUGGGAAAUAAAGACACCCUCUCUAACUUGUUGGCUUCAGUGUAAACAUGCUCCUGUUGGACAAAAGAAGUGUUUGUGUGGGAACUGACCAUCCGUAUGUCAAUGAAUUGCUGACUGUAUUUUGUACAUGUAUCUGUUGGCCACGUUGACACAAAAGCAGUCAACAAGCUGGCUUGGCUGAUGGUGGAAGUGCCGCUUGGAGUGGUAGGUGGAGAUUUCCUGAGGAGACUGCAACUCUCACUCAGUACAUACUUGCUCUUUAACAUAAUCAGCUAAGUUUUACCCUAAUGGAGGAGGUGAUUCUAAGUUUGUUCAUUUCCACGUUUUUAAUCUUAACACACACACAGCCACGUGUUUUCUAGAUUGUAUUAUUUUAGCUUGCAUUGGCCGGGCAACACUCAAGACAUGAUGGAGCACAUUCACGGUCUUUUCUUGGUUCUUCUUGUUGGCAGACGGUCCUAUAUUUAUCAAAUACUGAAAUAUGCAUAAAUAAAAUUGGUUAGAACUUUCAAACUCAGCAUGGUUAACAUACUGUUUCCUAGCCUAAUGUUUUCCUGUGUUUCAUGUGUUGGCUGUAGCCCGGCUGUGCUCAUUUCUACGUAUACUGUAUUAAAGCAAGCGUAGCUUCCUAUGUUAGCAGACCCAGUUUAGUUAGUUCAAAUCUCCUUUCUCUGAGCUGUUUGCUUUGGCUUGCCUUUUGUUCAAGAUUCAUAAGAGAACUGAUUUGAAGAGUGAAUUCUGAACCUUUUCUUUCUUGUAUUGUGUCCAUUAAUUUCAAGUGGACAUUGUCUUUCUGCUUCACCUUGUACUGCCCAAUGUUACAAGUCUUGAAUCAGCAGCUAGUUUUUUUUUUUUCUCAUUUUCUUACAGAGUGAUCAUUUUAAUGUGUCCUGCCCUUGUAAGACACAAAAUGAUCAUUCCAAAUGUUUACAAACUAAUAGCAGCAAGCUCCUUAAAAGUGGUCUUAUUUUUUAAUUAAGUGAAUACAGGUUGCUUAAGCACAUGAAAUCCCCCACCCAAGUAAUUCAAAAAAGCAGAAAAGCCCCAUGAUUAAAUGAAAGGUGCUCAUUAUGCAUUUGACUGAAGCCACCUAUACCUGUCUCCUCCAGAGGCUGAAUUAGUGGGAAUAUUUUCCCAUUUCAAAGUUUGCUCAGCUGUAAAUAGUCUUCGGCAUUCAAAGUGGAAUCCUUCUCGAGUACCUGUGCUAAUAUGAUUGACUGAUCUGUGUUUGUAUCUAUAUCCUGGGUCUACUCUUGCAUCUGUUUUCACACAAAUGUAUUAUUCAGUAAAGUUGACUGAAGAGGGGUUUUAUUUCUCUCAGGCCAGAACUUCUGCCUUUGGGAUGUUCUCAUUUCUACCACGUUUCAUCAGUAUUAUCAGUUAAAUGUCCUGCUUUCUGACUGCCUUCUGUUAUACCUCACUAGUGAUUGGAAGACAUUGAAUUAGCUGCACCUGGGUCUGCUAGUUAGUUUUUAUAUCUUGUCCUUGAAAUGUUUCUCUGUAUUUAGCAGAUUAGCUGUUGUCCUGUUGCAUGUUUAUUGGUUUCCCUUGCAGUGUCACCGUCAUGGCCGAUGUACUUUUAAUUGUCUGUUUUGGACAAUAAAGAGUAUUUGUUUUCAUAA